GACUUGCCGUCGCGCGCCAGUCUCCGCCUUCGCUAUAAAAGGCAGCUGCUCGCGCUCUUCCGGUCUUCUGCCUCCACGUCAACCGGUGCCGCUUCCCCGUAAACGCAACGUGAGCGCCUUUGUUAAGUAUCAUGGCUGAGAUGAAGGAACGCACGUUCAUUGCCAUCAAGCCCGAUGGCGUGCAGAGGGGCAUCAUUGGAGAGGUCAUCAAGAGGUUUGAGACUAAAGGCUUCAAACUCGUGGGCAUGAGGAUGGUCCAUGCCUCUGAGGACCUGCUGAUGCAGCACUACAUCGACCUGAAGGACCGGCCCUUCUUCCCCACCCUCAUGAAGUACAUGACCUCCGGUCCAGUGGUUGCCAUGGUAUGGGAGGGCAAAGGUGCGGUGAAGACCGGCAGAGUGAUGCUGGGUGAGACCAACCCCGCCGACUCCAAGCCCGGAACCAUCAGGGGAGACUUCUGCAUCGACGUCAGCAAGAACAUCAUCCACGGCAGUGACUCUGUGGAGAGCGCCAACAAGGAGAUCUCCCUGUGGUUCAAAGACGACGAGCUGGUCUCCUACACCAGCUGUGCCUUCAGCUGGCUGUACUGAACCCUCCGAGUGCUGCAGGCGUCCUCGCACUGGUCCCAGACCAGCCAACUCUUGCCUCACAGUUACUGCUCGUGACCGUCGUCAUACUGUACUUGGAUCGGGUGUCUGAAGUCAUUCCUCAGCUCUAUUCCUUUUUUUUAGAAACAUUCCUUAAAAUGUACAGAUUAUGGCUGUCAUUUUUGUCAAACGGUGAUCUUUCCAAUAAAAUCCACACGAUACAAACGUC